AAAAACACUUUCAUCUCCAACAUUUCCCAAAACAUCAACUAACAAAAAUGGACGCUCUAUUCGGUGGCCACGACAAAAAAUCCGACGACAAAAAACCCGACGCCGCCUCCCACGCGGCGGGCGCCACGGCCGGGGACCACCACAAGCCCUCGAACAGCGAGCUUUUAGCCAGCGCCAAAGUGGUGGCGGACGCGGCGAUGGGGAAGGAAAAGGUGGAUAAGGGUAAGGUGGCCGGAGCGGCGGAGGAUCUGCUUCAGGCGGCGGAGGAGUAUGGGAAGCUGGGGGACACGAGCUAUGGGAAGUAUGUGGACAAGGCGGAGGAGUAUUUGCACAAGUAUCGUGAUACCACGGGCCAUGAUCCACCCAAGGCCGGGGAUGCGAAGCCGGCGGCGGGGUCCGGGAAAGAGGGGAAGGCCGAUGAGAAGGAUGGGGGUGGCAUGGGUGAUCAAGUUAUGAAGAUGGCCGGAGGUUUCUUUAAAUAGAUUCAUACUUUAAAUAGAUUCAUACUUGGUUUGAUGAUGACUUUAGUAUGAUGUUUUAACUAUGUUUAGUGUGUUUGUAUGGGGUGUGUGGUUUGGUUAUGAGAUGUUGGGAGGGGACGUGCAUGAUGAUGUAUGAUCAUGUGAAUAAUUUGUAAUGAAUUCCCAGGUUAUUGCUUUC